AUGUCCGACGACGAAAGUGUGCCACCGCCUUUUCUGGAGGAGAGCAGAGUAAAGUUUGUGGAGGAAAACAUCUGUGCGUUUCUGCGUCUGCAGCGUCAAACAUGGGAGAAAAGUGCAGUCAAUCAAGAUUUUCAGACACUGCUGAAAGACUUCUUUGAAAAGAAGACUCUUAGGAAACUAUUCUUCUUUGCAUCCAAUAAAAAUUGUCUGGUUGCUUCUAUUGAGGUCCCAUCAGCUGUUCAAACCAAGAAAAUCUACAUCCUGAAGAAAUGCAAUGCCUCUGUCACCUCUGAAAACUACAGAGAACUUCUGGUGUUUGGUCUGGUCUCUCCAUCACCACUGCUGCAGCUCUCUACCACAGCUGAGCAGGUAUGCUUUCCACUGCUGUCAAACCACAAAAAUCACCAGAUGUGGCCAAAUCUUUUGUCGGAAGAUAUUAUUUGCCAUGUUGAGAACAUGCAUCAUAAGACCUCAGUUGUACAGGGGCAGAUCUUAGGGAAAACCAUUCUCCCUAUCCCAGAUGGAGCAGACUGGAUGGAAAAUGCAUACAGCAACUUCAAAAUGUUUGACAGCUAUGACAGAUCACUGGCCCACUCAUUUGAGACACAGAUAAUCAUGUGGAGUAAUCUAAUCCAGAAAAUUUUAAAGGAGGAUUCUUCAGACCUACUUGCAAUGGGUUGCAGUCCAGGGCCCAGUGCAGAGUUAAAUUUCUGGGCAUCGAGGAAGAGCAAUUUAAAGAGUGUUUAUCAUCAGCUUCUGAGCCCCACUGUUCAAAAAAUGGCAAAGAUGUUAGAGAUUGUGGACAGCUGCUAUCAUCCUACAAUUGAGACUUUAAUUAGAAGUGUUUUUGAAGCGCUGCAAGAGGCUGAGGACAUUGACCUCCAUCUACAGCCACUUCAUGCUCAACUGUCUCAACUGGAAAAAAGAGAGUUUCCCCAUGCUGAAACUUUCAUUCCGCCACUGUUCCACACAGUCUUCCUUAUCUGGAUCAACUGCCAAUCUUAUCAAAAACCUGCACGCAUUAUAGUGUUACUUCAAGAACUUUGCAAUCUACUCAUUGAGCAAGCUUCUGUAUUCGUGUCUACUGAUUUGCUUCUCAGAGAAGACACAGAGGAAAGUCUACAGAUGGUAAAGAGGGUGAUAAAAGUUUUUGGAUGUUUCAAAGACAGUUAUCAAACCCAGAGAGAAAUGCUGGCCAAUCAAGUGAAACAUGUACCAUGGGAUUUCCCAUCGGCUAUGAUUUUUUCACGUUUCAACCAGUUCCUUAAUCGCAUGCAACAGCUGGAGGAAUUGUUUGAAAUGAUGCUGGAUUUUCAGAGGAUGGAAAAACUGGAAUUUGGUGGACUUAAGGGCAAAUUCUACAAUGAACAAGCUGCUCAAAUGUAUAUUGAGUUUUGUAACUACUGCCAAGUGUUAAAACAGUGUGAACAUAGUCCACUUGAUUGUGACUCCCAGGACUUUGAGAAGGAGUACAGAGAUUUCAAAGGGAAGAUUGUGGACUUUGAAUGUCGUCUUGCAGGCCUUCUUUGCCUGGCUUUUAAGGAUUGCUCAGGACUGGAAUCAGCAUUUAAGCUAUUAACCGUUGUCGGACCCCUCCUGGAAAGGAAACUAAUUAAACAGGCAUUCUGUCACAACUUCCUUGUACUGCAACAACAUUUCAGAGAGGAGUUGGAGAAAUGUAACUGGCUGUAUAAAUCCCAGCUGAGUCAGGCGGAGCGUGGUCUAAUGAAGAACAUGGCUCAUACAUCUGGAGCAUUAAAGUGGGCAAAAAUGCUCAGAGAGCGCAUACAAACCCCAUGGGAAAAAAUCCAAUCACUGUUUGACAUGUCUGCAGUUGGUGUAGAAAUGGUCAAAGAGUAUCAUAUGUACACAGAGAUGUUGAGUCUCUUGGACCAGUACGAGGACAGAGUUUACUCCGAGUGGUGUAAUGGUUUGGAGGAGGUAUGCUUAAUGAACCUGAACCAGCCACUCUUGACUAGAAACCCCUCAUCUGGCCUGAUCUCAGUCAACUUUAAUCCAAAGCUGACUGAAAUCUUGAAGGAUGUGAAGUAUAUACAGACUCUCAGUCACAUCAGCAUCCCUGCAGCUGCGACGACUGUUUUUGAGAAGCGUGACAUGUUGACAAAGUAUGUGAGAAGUCUGCAACUACUGGUUCAAUGGUACAAUAAACUGAAGCAGAUUGUACUAGAGGUGGAGUUUCCUCUCAUCAGAGCUGAACUGGAGUCCAUCGACAUGCUGUUGUCAAGGGCUGAGACUGACCUGAUCUGGCAGGACCCAGGCUGUUGGAGCUUUAUCAGUACUGCUAAAGACCUGGUCCAUGAUCUUCUAUGUCGAGUCACUAAAGCCAAAAACAACUGUGAAGCUUUCCAGUCAAUGAUGAAGACAUGGAGCAAACAAGCAAUGUUUUGCAGAAAGGACAACAGAAAAGGCUCACUUAUACAGCUAGAAGACCGGGGAGAGCAUGUGAGCAACUCCAUGAAAGAGGAUGGAGACCUGAUCCUCAAGUUGGUGCAGGAGAAUAUGGCUCUUUUCUGUGCUGACCCUGAUUCAGAUGCAUGGGAGGUGUACCUGGAGUAUGUGGAUGAGAUGGUGAUAGAGGGCCUCUACAACUACAUCCGCCACUCCCUUCAGUUCUUUGUGGACAACAUGGAGUCAUGCCAUGCUCCUCUUUUUGAGGCUCGUUUGAUGCUGAACGGCUCAUGGACAACCUUCAUCCCAUCACUGGAGCAAGAUGCGGGGGAUGGACUCUAUGAGCUGAUAGAGGGGUUGGUUGGAGACAUAUUCAAGACUUCGGUGAACAUCAGCAGGGUGCCUUCUCAUCUCUGUAUGGAGAGUUACCAGGAUGUGAUGGAUAACAUGCUAGAUUUGUUGGACCUGAGACAGGAAAUAAUGGAGCGAGUGGAGAACGUCCUCAAGAAAGCAAUAAAUUACCAGAGAAAGUUUGAUUGCUACUCCCAUCUAUGGCAGGAUGACAGGGCUGAGUUUCUCAGCCAGUUUCUGCUGUUCGGGCGUGUACUUACAGCAGAGGAGGUCGAGGCGUAUAAAGCACAUGUACUCCCUCAGAGUCCCCCCACUAUUGAUAAAUUCAAAGAACAGAUAGAUUAUUAUGAGGAUCUGUUUGCUGAUAUUUCCAAACUCGAAGACUUCCGAGUGUUUGAUGGAUGGUUUCAAGUGGAUAUCAAGUUCUUCAAGGCUAGUGUUCUUAACACUGUAAAAAAGUGGAGCUGGCUCUUCAAAGAGCACCUCUUAACAUAUGUCACUAACAGUCUUGAUGAGCUACAAGAGUUUAUCCAAACCAGUGUUGAAGGGCUGGACCAGCCUGUGAUGAAAGGAGAUCAUUGUGGCUUGGUACAAGUCAUGAGUCACCUGCUGGCAGUCCGAGACAGACAAGUGGCCACAGACAAAAUGUUUGAGCCUCUUAGAGAUACAGUAGUCCUGUUGGAACGAUAUGGCGUGACCAUACCAGACCAGGUCUAUUCUCAGCUGGAGGAACUCCCUGAGAAAUGGAAUGGGGCCAAGAAACUGGCUUUAAAAGUGAGGAAUGAGGUGGCACCAUUGCAGAAUGCAGAAGUGAUGGUUUUGCGAAAACAAUGCAUGGCAUUUGAGUUGAAACAAAGAAAAUUCAGGGACAUGUUUAGAGCAACAGCACCCUUCAGUUACAAAGCAGUGCAUCCCUACAUCAGUCUGGAAAAAUCUGAAAAAGAGAUCCGAGACAUGGAAAAAGAGAUUGUGGAGCUGCAGGAGUCCACAAAUCUAUUUGAUGUUACUAUCCCGGACUACAGAGACAUCAAGCUCUGCAGACGAGAGAUUACGGUCCUCAAAGAACUGUGGGACAUUGUAAUAUUUGUACAGAGCAGUGUGGAAAACUGGACAAUGACCAAAUGGAGGCAGAUAAACGUGGACCAGAUGGAUGCAGAAUUGAGGAGGUUUGCCAAGGACAUACGGAAGCUUGACAAAGAGGCUCGCAUGUGGGAUGUGUAUUCUGGGUUAGACCUUUAUGUUAAGAACCUCUUGACGUCACUGCGGGCCGUGAGUCAGUUACAGAACCUGGCAAUACGUGAGCGCCACUGGGUGCAGCUAAUUAGAAUAACACAGAUGGAUUUCACUUUGACUGAUAACACCACCUUGAAAGACCUCUUGGGUCUGCAGCUCCAUUUGUUUGAAGAUGAAGUUCGCACCAUAGUGGAUAAAGCAGUCAAAGAAAUGACCAUAGAGAAGGUUGUGACAGAAAUAAGUCGGGCAUGGGCAUCAAUGGAGCUUUCAUAUGAAGACCAUCAUCAAACCUCGGUGCGUCUUCUUAAAUGUGAUGAAGAACUUCUUGAAACUCUUGAGGAUCAUCAGGUUCAGCUUCAGAGUGUCUUUCAGAGCAAGCAUGUAGAUCACUUCCUGCUCCAGGUAGUGGAAUUACAAAAACAGCUAACUGUGGCUGACUCUGUGCUGACGGUUUGGAUGGAGGUGCAAAGGACAUGGGCCUAUUUGGAAAGCAUCUUCAAAGGCUGUGAUGAUAUCUGCCAACAGCUGCCUGCAGAUGCACACAGAUUCCAAGUUAUCGAUGCAGAAUUUCAGGAGUUGAUGUUAGACAGCACUAAAACUAAAAAUGUCAUCAAGGCCACUAACAAACCUGACCUUUACAAGAAGUUAGAGGAUCUACAAAGACGGUUGGCAUUGUGUGAAAAAGCACUUGGUGAAUAUCUGGAAGCAAAGAGACUUUUGUUCCCGCGUUUCUACUUUAUUUCAACUGCAGACCUGCUGGACAUCCUCUCUAAAGGGAGUCGUCCCAGAGAGGUCACUGUCCACCUUUCAAAAAUAUUUGACAACAUGUCAGAUCUGGAGUUUGCCAAAAGUGAGCACUUGGAUAAUCCUAAACUGGCAGUGGGCAUGUACAGCAAAGAGAAGGAAUAUGUCCCUUUUCAGGCUGAAUGUUGCUGUUGUGGGCCGGUUGAAGCAUGGCUUACUUCUUUGGAGGAGUCCAUGAAGGAUAGUAUCAGGGAUCAUCUGAGUGAAGCGGUAACCAUGUAUGAGGACAGGCCCAGAGAGCAGUGGAUUCUGGAUUUCCCUGCUCAAGUGGCUCUCACUGGGUCUCAGAUCUGGUGGAGCAACGACAUGGACCUUGUGUUUAAAAGACUGGAGGAAGGAUUUGAGUCAUCUCUGAGAGACUACAACAAGAAACAGAUUUCUCAGCUCAACUCGUUGAUCAGUAUGCUACUGGGAGAACUGAGCCCAGGCGACAGACAGAAGAUCAUGACUGUUUGCACCAUUGAUGUCCAUGCUCGAGAUGUUGUUUCCACUCUCAUUGCGCAAAAGGUUACUACCUCACAGACAUUCCAGUGGCUUUCCCAACUCCGACAUUCCUGGAAUGAGCAAACACGUCACUGCUUUGUUAAUAUCUGUGACGCUCAGUUCAUUUAUUCUUAUGAAUAUCUUGGAAAUACACCGCGUCUGGUUGUUACUCCCCUUACAGACCGGUGCUAUAUCACCUUAACUCAGUCACUUCACCUGACUAUAAGUGGAGCCCCAGCAGGUCCUGCUGGAACAGGGAAGACAGAGACCACGAAGGAUCUUGGCCGAGCAAUGGGUGUCAUGGUAUACAUCUUCAACUGCUCUGAACAGAUGGACUACAAGUCAAUUGGAAAUAUCUACAAGGGUCUGGCCCAGACGGGAGCAUGGGGCUGCUUUGAUGAGUUCAAUCGUAUUGCUGUGGAUGUUUUGUCAGUCGUGGCAGUGCAGGUCAAAACCAUACAGGAUGCCAUACGCUCUAAAAAGAAAAGGUUCCUGUUCCUAGAUAAGGAAAUUGUCUUAAAACCCUCAGUGGGGAUUUUUAUCACCAUGAAUCCUGGCUAUGCUGGCAGAACAGAACUACCUCAGAACCUUAAGGCUCUUUUCAGGCCCUGUGCAAUGGUGGUGCCUGACACUGAGCUCAUUUGUGAGAUAAUGUUGGUGGCAGAAGGCUUUCGCAGUGCAAAGCUUUUAGCCAGGAAGUUCAUCACACUGUACACCCUCUGCAAAGAGCUGCUCUCUAAACAGGACCACUAUGACUGGGGUUUGCGAGCUGUCAAGUCUGUUCUGGUUGUUGCAGGAGCUCUGAAAAGAAGAGAUAAGAUGAGACCAGAAGACCAGGUGCUGAUGCGUGCUCUGAGGGACUUUAACAUGCCCAAAAUUGUGACUGAGGAUAUAAAUAUCUUCCUGGGACUGCUUGGAGACCUUUUCCCUGGCCUGGAGGUAGAAAGAGAGAGAGACUAUGAAUUUGAAAAAGCCGUCCGAAAGACCACACUGGAGCUCCGACUUCAGCCUGAAGAAACUUUUAUCCUGAAGGUGGCGCAGUUGGAGGAACUCAUGGCAAUACGUCAUUCUGUCUUCAUAAUUGGAAAUGCUGGGACUGGUAAAAGCCAGAUACUGAGGGUUCUCCAUAAAACCUAUGUAAACUUAAAGAAGAAGCCUGUCUGGAGUGACCUCAAUCCAAAGGCAGUAGACAGAGAUGAAUUGUUCGGCUACAUCCAUCCUUCAACUCGGGAGUGGAAAGAUGGUUUGUUUUCAUCACUGAUGCGAGAGCAGGCAAACAUCUCCCACCUAGGACCUAAGUGGAUUGUGUUGGAUGGAGACAUUGAUCCGAUGUGGAUUGAAUCCCUCAACACAGUGAUGGAUGACAACAAGGUUCUUACUCUGGCGAGUAAUGAACGUGUGCCGCUCACUUCAUCCAUGAGACUAGUGUUUGAAAUCAGUCACCUGCAGACAGCUACUCCUGCGACUGUUUCCAGAGCAGGAAUUCUCUGUGUCAAUCAGCAAGAUCUGGGCUGGAACCCGUAUGUUGCCAGUUGGAUUGACCAACGAGAACGUCAGACAGAAAGGGCUCACCUGACGAUACUGUUUGAAAAAUAUGUUCCCCGUUGUCUAGAACAGAUGAGAAAUACCUUCAAGACCAUCACUCCUAUACCAGAGAACUCUAUGGUGCAGACACUCUGCAGUUUGCUUGACUGCCUUCUAGCACCUGAAAAUAUUCCCUCUGACUCUCCUCGUGAGCUUUAUGAGACAUAUUUCACAUUUGCCUGCAUCUGGGCUUUUGGUGGGGCUUUGCAUCAAGAUCAGCUCCGUGAUUACCGGGUGGAGUUCAGUCAGUGGUGGAUAAAGGAAAUGAAGACAGUGAAGCUACCGGCACAGGGAACAGUGUUCGACUACUACCUUGACCCUCAAACCAGACGGUUCCUGCCCUGGACUGACACUGUACCUGUAUUUGAAAUGGACACUAGUACACCUUUACAGGCUGUUCUGGUACACACAGCAGAGACUGUGCGUCUUCGAUACUUCAUGGACUUGUUGCUGGAAAGGAGACAGCCAGUGAUGCUUGUGGGGAAUGCUGGAGUUGGAAAGUCUGCACUUGUCAGGAACAAGUUAGACUGUCUGCCAGAGAGUUAUAUGACUACAAAAGUACCCUUCAACUACUACACUACGUCCCUCAUGCUGCAGAUGAUCCUAGAGGAGCCACUGGAGAAAAGGACAGGCAAAAGCUACUCCCCUAUAGGCAACAAAAGGCUCAUCUACUUUAUAGAUGAUAUGAACAUGCCAGCUAUUGACAGCUAUGGGACAGUACAACCUCACACACUCAUCCGACAGCAUCUGGACUAUGGACACUGGUACGACAGACAGAAAUUGACUCUAAAAGAAAUACACAAUACUCAGUAUGUUGCCUGUAUGAAUCCAACAGCUGGGAGCUUCAAUGUUAACCCGAGACUACAGAGACAUUUUUCAGUGUUUGCGGUGAACUUUCCUUCUUCUGAGGCUCAAACAUCGAUCUUCAGUCAGAUUCUGUGUGGCCACCUGAAGCAGCAGCUCUUUAGUCCAAUGGUUCAGAGGAGUGCUACAGCUGUGGUCCAGGCUGCCAUAACUCUUCAUCAAAAGAUGGUUCACAGCUUUCUGCCCACAGCCAUCAAAUUUCACUACACAUUUAAUCUACGAGACUUGUCUAACGUCUUUCAGGGCGUUCUCUUCGCUGGGCCUGAGAGUGUGAAAGACAGCACUGACCUGGCACUGUUGUGGCUCCAUGAAUCCUGCAGAGUGUACUCUGACAGACUCAUAGAUGUCAAGGACCUGCGACUCUUCCAGAAGCUCCAGAUGGAGACAGUGCAUGAAUGCUAUGAGGGACUGGAGGACAAAAAGGUGACAAAGCAGCCCCUCCUUUAUUGCCAUUUUGCCCAACAGGGUGAGGAUGCCUCUUACAGUCCUGUCACAGACUGGUCUGUGCUCAGGACCGUCCUCACAGAUGCACUGGAGAGUUACAAUGAGCUCAAUGCAGCCAUGAAUCUUGUGCUCUUUGAAGAUGCCAUGCAACAUGUAUGUCGCAUCAGUCGUAUCCUGGCAUCUCCAAGGGGUCACGGCUUACUGGUUGGUGUCGGGGGCAGUGGUAAACAGAGCCUGACUCGUCUCGCUGCCUUUAUAUCCUCUGUGGAAGUUUUCCAAAUCACUCUGAGUAAAGGUUAUAGCAUCCAGGAUCUCAAGAUGGAUCUGGCAGGUUUAUUCCUAAAGACUGGACUGAAGAACCAGCGUGUGGCUUUGCUCCUGACUGAUGUACAGAUACCUGAUGAGCGAUUCCUGGUUGUUAUUAAUGACUUACUGGCAUCAGGUGAAAUACCUGAACUCUUCAGUGAAGAGGAGAUUGAAAGAAUAGUGUUAGGGGUAAGAGCUGAAGUAAAAGCCCUGGGACAGUUGGACAACAGGGAGAACUGCUGGAGAUUCUUUAGUGAACGAGUCCAACAACAGCUCAAGGUGGUGCUGUGUUUUUCUCCAGUGGGCAGCGCCCUCCGUGUUCGGGCCCAUAGAUUCCCCGCCCUCUUUCAAUGCACCACCAUCGACUGGUUCCAUCCUUGGACUUUUGAGGCUCUACAGUCUGUGAGCUACAGGUUCAUCCAGGAGAUUGAAGGAAUUCAGCCUGCUGUCCAGGAAUCCAUCAGUCUUUUCAUGGCCUACGUUCACACCAGUGUCAAACAUGCUAGUGAAAAAUACCAGCGCAAUGAGAAGAGGUACAAUUACACCACCCCUAAGAGCUUUCUCCAGCAAAUCACGCUGUACAGGAACCUUCUGGAGAAAAGCCGUGCUCAGCUCCAGCACAAGAUGAACCGACUUGACAGUGGCCUUCAAAAACUCCAAACCACUGCCGCCCAGGUUGAGGAUUUGAAAGCCAAAUUGGCAUCCCAAGAAGCAGAGUUGACCUUUAAAAACCAGAAUAUUGAAGCUCUAAUUGCAAAGAUUGGUCAGCAGACUGAGAGGGUGAGCAGCAAAAGAGAGGCUGCGGAUGUCGAAGCUCAAAAGGUUUCUAUCAUCCAGGCUCAGGUGUUAGUCAAACAGAAGGACUGUGAGACUGAUCUAGCGAAAGCAGAGCCAUCACUUGCAGCUGCCACAGCAGCACUCAAUACCCUCAACAAGGUGAAUCUAACUGAGAUGAAGGCCUUUCCAAACCCUCCAGCAGCAGUAAUCAAUGUAGCAGCAGCUGUGAUGGUGCUGUUAGCUCCCCGCGGUCGAGUGCCUAAGGACCGGAGCUGGAAGGCGGCGCGGGCCUUCAUGGGCAAGGUGGAUGAUUUCUUACAAGCACUGGUGUCGUAUGAUAAAGAACACAUCCCUGAGUCCUGCUUGAAUGUGGUGAAACAGGAGUAUCUGAGAAACAAAGAAUUUCAUCCAGAUCAAGUUCGGACUAAGUCUUCUGCUGCAGCUGGACUCUGUGCUUGGACUAUUAACAUUGUCAGAUACUAUGAGAUUUAUUGUGAGGUUAUUCCAAAGAGGCAUGCAUUGUCACAAGCUAAUACAGAACUAGAAACAGCAACAGCCAAACUGUCAGCAGUUCAAAAGAAAUUGAAGGAUCUUGAUACAAGCCUCCAGAACCUCACAGCUCAGUUUGAAAAGGCUACAGCAGAGAAAAUCAGUUGUCAGGAGGAGGUGAAACACACCAACCAGACAAUACGACUGGCCAACCGACUGGUCAAGGGCUUAGAGUCAGAGAAGGAGCGCUGGUCACAGGCACUUGUCCAGUAUGAGAAUCAACUGAAGACCUUGUGUGGAGAUGUCCUCCUCACUGCAGCAUUCGUCUCUUACAUGGGAUAUUUUACCAGGCAGUAUCGUGUGGAACUCAUCAAUGACAACUGGAUUCCCUUCCUUCAGUCUGAAAAAGCUUCCAUACCCCUGACAGACGGCCUGGACCCAGUCCUCAUGCUUACAGAUGAUGCCACUGUGGCUGCCUGGCAUAACCAGGGCCUGCCAAACGAUAGGAUGUCCACAGAGAAUGCUGCCAUCCUGACCACCAGUGAGCGUUGGCCACUUAUCAUUGACCCCCAGCAGCAGGGUAUCAAGUGGAUUCGAAACUGGCUCGGGUCAGAGCUGAGGGUGGUGCAGCUGGGACAGAAAGGGUAUCUAGAUGUAAUUGAAAAAGCUGUUUCUUGUGGGGAAACUGUUCUAAUAGAGAAUAUGACAGAAAAUGUAGACCCAGUCCUGGAGCCACUGUUGGGCAGAAACACUACCAAAAGAGGAAGGUACAUUCAGAUUGGGGGCAAGGAAUGUGAAUAUAACAGCAACUUUCAGCUCAUUAUCCACUCCAAAUUGGCCAAUCCCCACUUCCCUCCUGAGCUUCAGGCCCAGACCACUCUCAUCAACUUUACAGUGACUCCUGAGGGUCUGGAAGAGCAGCUCCUGGGGCAGGUAGUGUCCCAGGAAAGGCCUGACCUGGAGGCACUAAAGAUGGAGCUGACCACACAGCAGAACCACUUCAAGAUUGAACUCAAGAGGUUAGAGGAUGACCUGUUGAGUCGCCUCUCUACAGCCCACGGUAAUUUUCUGGGUGAUAUUUCUCUGGUAGAGCAACUUGAGAGCACCAAGACUACGGCUGCUCACAUUCAGCAUAAGGUGGUGGAGGCCAGAGAAAAUGAGACAAAGAUCAACGAGGCUCGAGAACUAUACCGCCCAGCAGCGGAGAGAGCGUCACUCCUCUUCUUCAUCAUCAAUGACCUCAGCAAGCUCAACCCCAUGUACCAAUUUUCUCUGAAGACCUUUAACUCUGUGUUUAACAAAGCAAUGGAGCAUGCAGAAUGGGAUGAGGAUGUGAGGACCAGAGUGUACACCCUGACUGAGGCCAUCACCUAUUCUGUAUUCCUGUAUACCAGCCAGGGCCUGUUUGAGAGAGACAAGUUAACCUUCUUGUCACACACUGCCUUCCAGAUUCUCCUCAAACAGGGCUUGAUUGACACACAAGAAUUUGACUUCCUUCUACGUUUCCCUGUGGAAACUUUCAAAGUUAGUCCUGUGCCCUUUCUUUCUCCACAUGCCUGGGGGGCCAUUAAGCUAAUUUCAACAAUGGAAGAUUUCAGUGGGCUGGACAGAGACUUUGAGAGCUCACCCAAACACUGGAGGAAGAUUGUAGAAUCCAGUUGUCCGGAAAAAGAAAGGCUCCCCCAUGACUGGAAGAAUAAGAGUUCCCUCCAGAAGCUCAUCAUCCUGAGGGCACUGCGACCUGAUAGGAUGAGCUAUUCACUGAGGAACUUUGUAGAAGAGAAGCUGGGAGCAAAAUAUGUGGAGGCUGCCAGGCUGGAAUUUGACAGAUUGUAUGAAGAUAGCAGCCCCUCUAAUCCAGUGUUUUUCAUCCUUUCACCUGGAGUGGAUCCACUCAAAGAUGUGGAAAAACUAGGUUUAAAGCUGGGAUUUUGCAUUGACCAAGGCACUUUACACAAUGUGUCCCUGGGUCAGGGACAAGAGGAAGUAGCUGAAAGGGUUGUGAGGAACUCUUCUCAACUGGGACACUGGGUCAUCCUGCAGAAUGUACACCUGGUGUCUCGCUGGCUGCCCUCUCUGGAUGCUCUUCUGGAAGCUACAGCGAUAAACAGUCACUCCAACUACAGGGUGUUUAUCACUGGGGAACCAGCACCGACCCCUGAGCAGCAUAUCAUCCCCCGAGGCAUACUGGAGAAUUCUAUCAAAAUCACCAACGAGCCGCCCACAGGCAUGAAUGCCAGUCUGCACGCAGCCCUCAACAACUUCAGUCAAGACACUCUGGACAUGUGUUCCAGAGAGCAAGAAUUCAACUCCAUGUUCUUCUCACUCUGCUUCUUUCAUGCCAGUGUUACAGAGCGCCGCAAAUUUGGUUCCCAAGGGUGGAACCAUAACUAUCCCUUCAGCACUGGAGACCUCACCAUCUCAACCAGUGUUUUGUACAACUACUUAGAGGCCAACACCAAAGUGCCCUGGGAGGAUUUGUGUUAUCUGUUUGGGGAGAUCAUGUAUGGAGGACACAUUACCAAUGACUGGGACAGAAGACUCUGUCAGACCUAUCUGCAGGAAUUCAUGCAUCCAAAAAUGUUUGAAGGAGAGCUCUUUCUGUGUCCUGGCUUCCUAGCCCCUCCAUUCAUGGACUACAGUGGUUACCACAGUUACAUAGAUGAACACCUUCCACCCGAGAACCCCGCUCUUUAUGGUCUACAUCCAAAUGCUGAGCUGGAGUGCCUUACUGUCACCUCAGAAAGCCUCUUAAGGACUCUGCUUGAACUGCAGCCUCAGGACUCCACCAGAGGGGAGUGGGCCGCUCACAGCACAGAGGAGAAGGUCAAGGCUGUCAUUGAAGAUAUCAUUGACAAGCUUCCUGAGGAGUAUAACAUGGCAGAGAUGGCAGCAAAGACGGCAGAGCGGACCCCCUACAUUUUAGUCUGUUUACAGGAGUGUGAACGCAUGAAUCAGCUGCUGGCAGAAAUAAGGAGGUCACUGAAUGAGCUAGAACUUGGCCUGAAGGGAGAGCUGACCAUCUCUGUCAGUAUGGAGGCUCUGCAGUCAGCCCUGUUCACUGAUGCUGUUCCAGAUUCAUGGGCCAGACUGGCAUACCCCUCUACCAAAACACUAGCACUAUGGUUUAAUGAUCUUCUGUGUAGCUGUCGAGAACUUGACAGUUGGACUCAGGACUUUGUUCUCCCAGCAGUCGUCUGGCUCUCAGGACUUUUCAAUCCACAGUCCUUUCUCACCGCUGUGCUACAAAGCAUUGCUCGUAAGAACCAGUGGCCCCUGGACAGGAUGAGUCUGACUGUGGAUGUCACAAAGAAGACAAAAGACGACUUUGGACAUCCACCUCGGGAGGGGGCGUACAUCCACGGACUCUUCAUAGAAGGAGCGCGUUGGGACAUUCAGUCUGGCAUCAUGUCUGAGGCUGUUUUGAGGGAUCUGACCCCAGCCAUGCCGGUGAUGUACGUAAGGGCUGUGCUUUCAGAGGAGCAGGAGCUGAAGAAUACGUACGAGUGUCCAGUGUAUCGUACUAAACAGCGAGGCUCCACUUAUGUCUGGACCUUCCACCUCAGAACCAAACAUCCUCCUGCCAAGUGGGUCAUCGCUGGAGUGGCUCUGCUUCUGUCAGUGUGAGUCGUCACUGACUGAGCACUUAAGUGUUUUAUCAUAUUUAGUACUAACAGUGUUAAAAAUUCGACUUUUAG